CAGUACCACUGGCAACAAACAGUUUUUAAAUUUUUUUGUAAUGUUUGUUAAAUUAUUUAAUUAGUUCAAUUCUUUUUUUGAAAUAUUUUAACGCUCUGGCAUUUUCCCAUUCAAUCUACAGCUUUUUGAAACAUAUUAGAUAGAUAAUGAAUUAUCGAAACUUAUAAUUCUUUUAUCAUAUUUCCCGAAUUAAAAAUUUUUAGCGAAUAAUUCUCUCUUUUUAUCAAUUGCAAUUAUUAAAAUUACGGAACGUGGAAGUCUGCUGUAAACAUGGCAAGAGAACCAAUUAUCCUAAAUGUGUAUGAUAUGUAUUGGAUAAAUGAAUACACAUCACCAUUAGGCCUUGGAGUUUUUCAUUCUGGUGUUGAAGUAUAUGGAACAGAAUUUGCUUACGGUGGUCAUCCAUUUCCAUUUUCUGGAAUAUUUGAAAUAACACCACGAGAUGCUGAUGACCUGGGAGAGCAAUUUAAGUUUAAGCAAUCUUUGUUAAUUGGUCACACAGAUUUUACUGACAGUGAUAUUCGUCAAAUUGUUGAAGAAUUGGGAAAGCAGUUCAGAGGAGAUUGGUAUCAUUUAAUUACAAAAAAUUGCAAUCAUUUUUCUGGUGCUCUUACACAAAUUAUCUGUGGUAAGGACAUACCAUCAUGGGUGAAUCGUCUUGCUGAUAUGAGUUCUCGUGUGCCAUUUCUGCAACGAUGUCUCCCCAAAGAAUGGCUGACUCCUAUCGCUCUACAAGCAACCUUGCAAGAGAAUGCAGAAACUUCAACUAGUCAGACAGAGGAAAACCAACUCUGACGAUCAGCCUCUUGGCCUGGGGCAAAAAUACCCUGAAGUGCCAUUUCUUUUCUUUUUUAAUUACAGACUCCUUAGAACAAGCCAUGGCCAGAACUUCAGGGCUUGGUAUGAUAUGCAAGGCAGUCAAAUAUUUGCUCUUACUUUUGUAUUACACGAAUUUAAAAUAAACCGUGUGCCAGAUGCUCAUGAAAUAUUUUUAUCUAUUCAUUACCAGUUUUAUUAAUGUACUGAAUGUUUCUUAAAAUUGUUUUUAUUCAAAAGUACAUCUAUAGAAAUAAAAGAAGGAUAUGAAAAAUUCUUCUAUGAUACCAAAAUAAGCAAUGUAAAAUAUUUACAGUAUUUUACAAUUAAAAAAAAAUUGUCUUUGUCACUAUUUGAAACUUCUUAGUGUCUUAUAUUUAAUGAAUUUCAUAUUUAUUUUUGAAGAUUUUAUUUAAUUUUUCUAAGGUAAAAGUUGCUCAUUUUUGAUGCUAGUCUAUUCUGCAUCUCUUAAAUGUAUUUCAAUUUAUAUUCCUGUAUAAAUAUAUAUUUCUGAUUUUUUUAUAUUUCUGAUUUUGUGAUUUGAUUGCAAGAAUAUUUAAUUGCAUAAAGUAUUUUAAAUAGGCAUUUUUCUAAAUUUCAUUUACAUUCUUAAAGAGUAUAAAAUAUUAAUUUAAAUUAUCUGGCAAGGAAAUGACUAUGCUAUGCUCUAUCAUAUCCUAGAAAAUUGAAUUAAGUGUAGAGCUUUUAAAAUUUUUGAUUGAUUCGACCAGUUUAGAAGCAGAGAGACAUCAGACCAAUACAUGAUUUAUUUGCAAUUUGCUCUUGGUUAAACACUUUCAAUCAUAUUUUUUUUUUUUUUUUUUUUUUUUUUUUUUUUUUUGGUGUUGCUGUUACUCUUCCUUCUUAUUGAGUAAUUUUUCACAAAUUUAAUUUUGUUUUUCUUAUUUUAUGGUUAGUGUUAUCUAUUAUUUCAUUUUCAUAUGCUUAAUCAUAUCAUCAUGAAACAAAUUCCAAUGUUUUAGUUAAAAUCUUAUUAUAAUCUCAUUUAUGAUUUCUGCCUAAUCAAUUCUUGAUAUUUUCUAUCAAUGUUAUUUUAUGCAAAUACUAUGAAUUGAAUUUAGUUUCAAUUAAACUUGGCAAAUGAAAUGUAUUAACUAUGAUUGAUUUCAUGUAUUAUGUGCUUUCCAAUACUCUAUUUAA